AUGGCAGAAAUCCUUCCUCCUGCCGCCACGCCUCCAUCUGCCCGCCGACGCGUCCGACCUAAGCGCCGACGCGGACGACCAGCGCGGCGACGCGGACGACCUGCGACCGCCGCGGACGGCCAGCGCGUGACCCCCGACGACCAGCGCGCUGCCGCGGACGGCCAGCGCGGCCUCGCCGACGGCCCGCGCGCUGACGCGGACGGCCAGCGCGGCCCCGCCGGCGACCCGCGCGCUGACGCGGACGGCCAGCGUGGCCCCGCCGACGACCCGCGCGCUGACGCGGACGGCCAGCGCGGCCCCGCCGACGACCCGCGCGCUGACGCGGACUGCCAGCGCGGCCCCGCCGACGAGCCGCGUGCUGACGCGGACAGCCAGCGCGCGGCCACAAAAGAACCGCGCGCCACCGCGGACGGCCAGCGCGCGGCCGUCGACGCCCCUGCGCCGACGUGGACGGCUGCGACCAUUGACGCCCUCGAGCUGCUCGGCGACAACUCAGCCGCCAACUGGCACUCCUAUGCUCACUCCGUCAAGGUGUUGCUCUCCUCGGUCAUCGUCAGUGGUUAUACACUCCGCUCCGUUGUGUUCCAGGAGGAAGGCGGACUCCAGCCCAUCGCCCCUUCUGCCCCCACCGGACCUCCUCCUGAUGAGCCCGGACCUGAGCCCGAGUCCCCUGGUGAUCCUCCCUCCUUCGCACCGGAUGUCAACAAUCCUCAAAGCGUGGAAACUGCCAUCCGUGCCUACCGCAACACACUCAACGACCACCUUCGCCGUCAACUGCGCUAUGAGGACGACAAGCGCGCCUACGACGAGGCUGCUGCCCGUCACCGCGACUACCACGCCCAACUCACCACGUACACUACACGCCUCGCUAGCUACACCUCCGACAUCGCUGCGUGGCGCAUUGCUGACCGUCGAGCUCUCGCCAUCCUCCUCGCCACUAUCCCCUCCUCCCUCAAGCGAGAACUCUCACCCACCUCCUCCUCCCACCUGUGGCAACUGCUUGUCGACCUCUUUGACCGGCAGGACAUCGCCACCCUCUAUGCCCUCAUAAAGGACUUUGGAUCCAUCACCAUGGAUUCCACUGCCGGCGCAGCCGCCUUUACUCGCCGCGUCCUUGACCUUGCUCGCCGCCUUGCAGCACUUGGUGUUACCUACCCUGACAUCGUCAUCUGCUGCCACCUCCUCGAAGGCCUCACUCCUGCCUUCGAUGCCCACAAGCUGGCCUACAUGCAACUCCUCUCCAAACAUGACACUCCCGCUCAAGUUGCCCAGUGGAUUAUCACCACCGAGGCAGAAAUCCUUCGCCACUCCUCCUCCACUGCCGCGGUAGCACAUCAGCGCAGCGGCAAAGGCGGACGUGGAGGGGGGCGUGGAGCAGCAACCGUUUCCCGGCUGGACCGCUGGGAAUGCAGCCUCUGCGGCCCACCUCUCCGGUCCCUCCCCUGCGCCGUCCACAGGUGGUAG